AAAAUAACUGUAUAGUGUGUUAAAUGUGCCGAGACUUGUUAGGAGAACCUGUUUCUCUCACAGAGUGACAAUUGCUAGAGUGGUUCUCCACGACAGGCACUGCACCAUGAGGAGUGUUGGCUGCUAAUUUAAUAAUGGCAAGAACUGAAGUAACAUAUAAAUGGAAAGCAUCAAAUGGUUCUAAACACUGCAACCCUUGACACAUUGGCUCAGAUAUAAGAACCCGUAUUGGUUAAAUGGGACUUACUCCCAGGUAAGGAAGUAGAGAAUUGCAACCUUGAUUUAAAAAUAGACUAAGAUAAUUGAAACUACUCUGCAUGUGCUGAAAUUUAUUCCCUUAGUUAGAUUUGGGAGGAAAGAAGAAACAGGAUUAGAUUAAAUGAUAUUGAAAGUUAGAAUCUUUUUUUAUCCGAUUGUAAUGUGUUAUUAAAUCAAAAUAUUCCACUUGGAAAUCUCAUGGCUUAGAGUUGAUUUUGAGUAAGGAGAAAAUGUAUAAAUGCUUAUUUUAAAUUUAUAUUCUAAUUAAAAUUGGGGAAAAUAUGUGUUACUGAGGAUGAUAUGCUUUGGGCAUGAAUGGAAUUUGUACAUGCAUGCCUAUGCACAGCAUAGUACUUUAAUUCUUGGUGGCAGUUGAUUAGAAACUGGCCUGAACCAAUAAUUAAUUUGCUUCCCAAAUAGCUGUUAUCUCUCAUGCCUCACUAAGGGCUCGUGGAUUUGUUUCCAAUGUCAUUUCUCUGCAAUUAAAUGGUCCAUUUUCAACACUGUAAUUACAUAAGCAAAUCUUACUGAUACAUAUGUUUGCCUUCCUUAUCCAAUACCCAAUAUCUUUGGUAAAUUUUGAGUGGAAGGGUAUAACAUUGAUUUAGGAUCUGGGAUGCAAAAAUAACCUUCCUCUUUCAAUGCAUGCCUGCUUAAUCCCAAACUUCAGAAGAUUGGGAUGAAAGAUAAUAUUCCAAGGUGAAGAGGACGGUCGGUAUAAUAAUUUACUUUAGUUGUGUCUACCAAUGAUUACAUAUUAACUUUCUAUUUAAUUUUGGGGAGUGGGGGCAUCUGAAGUCACAUGUGUUCAGAAGGAGGUGGGAACUGAAUGUUUCUUAUAAAAAGGAAACAGAAGAUGAAACAACCUAGUACACAGGUAUCAAAAUGGGCAAACUACUCCUUCUGACUGGUGAGUAGGACAGGCUCAGCUUACCACUGAGCUGGCAAAAGUUUCCAUCUCUCUGUCAAUCUAUCUCUUUUUGUUGUUCUCUGCCUUCAUCAACACACUAUUCUAGUCUGACCUAGCUUACUUGCAGGCAGUCUUUCUGUCCACGUACAUCUAUAGACUACCUAGCUAUAGUAAUUUGAUGGCCAUUCUAGAAAAUGUUCAUAAAUUGACUAGAAACUGUGAUGGUUUAGGAAAAAAUAGGCCUCUUACUAAAAACAUAAGAAUAAAAACAAAUUAUAACAGAUGUUUUUAGGCUGGAUGACAAGAAAUGCUUCCAACAGUAAGAACAGGCGUAGAUUAGAAUAAAUUUUAGAAUUCCUUGCUCUAGAGUUUUAAGAGACUGAGGGAAAUUUCUCAGGAUGUCUCUUAAGUCUCAAUAAUUUUGUUAACAUGUGGAACUAGGGUAGGUGACCCACAAUAUCUUUUUACAGCAACAAAUGAGUCAGGGUAAAGCUACACAGUAUCUCAGCAACCACAUAUUCCCAAUCCUGCAUUUGAUAACGUCAAUGUGGAGGACACUUGAAGGAGACAGAGGUGGACUGGUGGGGCAGAUUGCUGGGCUACAACUCCCAUCAUCCCUGACCAUUGGCAAUGAUGGCUGAGACUGAUGGGAGCUGCAGUCCAGCAACAUCUGGAAUUGUUCCCCAUCGCUGCCUUAUUUAGGAAACAGGAUUUGGGGAGCCCCAUGUUUUCCUCAUAAAUGUGAAUUUCCACCCAUUAUAUCUAUGCCAUUAUGAAGAGGAUCCCAGAAUCCAAGUAUUUAUUUAUCAUACAUCUAAGACAGGACCACAACAUAUAACAAACUGAAUUGUCUGUCUCAUCAAGCCAGUAACCAUUGCUUGCAAUAUAUCAGGACAAACCCAUGGCUUGCUUCAAAAACUUCAGAGAUCUACAGCAAAACCACCUGAUGAGAACACCAUUGACUUAAACAGGCUUAGGAGUAAUGCUGUCUCUCAAAGGAACCAUGGGUGAGAAAGCCUAGGGAUCUAUAACAAAGUAUUCUCAAUUGAUCAGCACCCUUAACAAACUACGCUUUCCAUGAUUCUGUUGGGGGAAGCCAUGACACUGAUGCAGACAAUGCAAGUUUGUAGUGUAGAUCUGUUCACUGACUUGUAGUUGGGGUGAACUAAGAAAUAUACAUGACUAGCUUCUGUGUUUGACUAACAAUGGAACUUUUCUUUCAUAGGUCUGGCUCUCCUGCUGCAUGUGCAGCUGGGUAAGUUGUAGCAAAUCUCAUUUCAUUUCAUUUUAUUCCAUAAAAAGCAAUAGCUAAAAGAAGCUUCUCCUCUAGUAAGCAAUUUGAAUGCACUGGUUGACUUUAACCUUUCAAACUGCAGGUGCAUCUACCAAUAUUGUCUGCUACUUCACCAACUGGUGCCAGUAUAGACCUGGUAUUGCACGUUAUAUGCCCGAAGAUCUUGACCCAUGCCUAUGUACUCAUGUCAUCUAUGCUUUCGCGGGCAUGGCAAACAACCAGAUCCAGACCAUCGAGUACAAUGAUGUGGCUCUCUACGGUGGCAUCAAUGGACUCAAAACCUAGUAAGAUUCAGCUGUUUGACAUACAACAUUCAACACAAGGGGCAGAAUCAAGAGAAUUAAUUUCCAGUGAAAUAAAUGGGGAUUGAGUAUUAAGUUUAAAUCCCAUGAACUUCCAUGCAACUUUAGCUCCAUGUUUUUCUAUGGCUUUCGCCUAAUUUUUGCAUUUCCUAUUCCAUUUCAAUAAUAUACCUGUCUUUCAUAUUAGCAAAAAUCAGACAUAUAUGAUACAGAAGGUAAAAGAAAGUAAUAUAUGGGUGUGUCUGCUCCUUUUUCCAGGCAACUUUCUGCCCACUUUCAUAACAGAAGCACACUUUUACAUUUUGCUUUCUGGUUUCUUGAAGCCCUGGACAGGCUCCCUCCUAAAUUUGCUCCAAAACUCUCGCAACUCCCCAGAUUCUGAGGGAGUAUAGAGAGGAAUGAGAAGCAAAUGUCCAAUUAGAUCUCACCAUCUGUUGCAUUUUUAUAUUAACAAUCGCCCUUUCUAUGCAAUUCUUAAAGGGUACAGGAAUUCUCUUUGGAUCUAUCCCUGCUUGUAAAGUUUGUGUGGAUAUUUCAAUUCUUUCUUUUUAAAGACAGCCCGCUUGUAACUGUUUUUCAUAUGGUUCCGAGUCUCUUUAAUGACCUUCCAAAUAAUUUGUUUACAGCAAUCCUGACCUGAAAACCUUGCUGUCUGUUGGAGGCUGGAACUUCGGUACCCAAAAGUGAGUUCCUCUAGGAGAUCCCCUCCCAUAUUUAGCACUAGGAUGAUCAGGUGAAAAACAGGACAGGGCCCCUGUGCCUUUCAUAGCUGACCAGAAGAGAGAACCUCCACAACUGCUGAAAUUUCCUCUUCUACACAACUGGUGCAGGUGCCCUGUCCUCUGUUCCACCUGGACAUAUUGUUUAGCACCGUCUCCAAGCUUGCUCUACAUUAGCUGUUCUAUUUCCCUGGCCCAUAAAUUAGCACAUCUGAGAACUGUUUUCCCUUCUUCCAGCUCCUUAACUAGUGCAGUAUGGUUCUACAUUAAAGAAGCCAAGGACCACUUUUACAUGUACAAAUCUAGUCACAUGUAUGUGGAUGUGUGUGAGAGUUGUGUAUUGUGAGGAUGCUCCCUGUGUCUCUCUUUUUGUUUCCUGCUCCUUGUGUGCAUCUGGAAGUAGAUUCCAUGUUUCUGCUUCCAAGUAGUCAGAAAAAGCAACUUCCAGGGGCAGGGGGCAACUUUCAUCUCACAAGAUACAUACACACAUCUCUGUACUGGAUUAAAUCCAUAGAUACACAUUUUUACCACGAGAAGGGGUCUGGAUAUGCUGGGUACGCUACCAGGAACAACAGGAAAGUAUCUUCAAGUCCAAACAAUGAAGAUUAAUGUAAGCUGUUCCUCAGAAGGGAGGGAACUCCGGUUCACAGCCAGUGCAAUUGGACUUGGACUGGAGACACUUGGGUUGAAAUCCUUGCUCAGCUAUGGAAUUCACUGGGUGGCCUUGGGCAAGUCACUGUCACCCAGACUAACCUAUCUUGCAGGGUUGUUGAGGAGAUAAAAUGGGAUAACAGUUAAUAUCACACUUAACACCUUUGUAUGCAUGUGGGAAAUUAACAUGCCUUAAGAGAUGUGAGGAAUAUUAUCAGAAAAGAAUAAAUAUUUGGAUUUUAAGGUUAAGUGACUGAAGAUAUCUCCUUCCUAUCUAAAUCAGGGAUAGCAUUAUGGAGCAGGAAAUCAAAACCUCUAGUUUGGGGAGGGAAACCUAUGACCCUCCAGCUACUUUUGGACUCCAAAACUCCCAUGAACAACAGUCAGCACGGGCAAUGGUCAGGGGUGACCAGAGGUGGAGACCAGCAACAUCUGGAGGGCUGAAGGUUCCCCAGCCCUCCUGAAGUCUGUGGAAUUCAGAACUUAACAAUCUCAAAAGGCAAUGCUGUUUGCAAUAAUCAAAGUAUCUGGAAAGCACUAGGUUGGUGAAAGCUAGCUCAGACCAUCAGCAGCAGAUCUAAUUAAGCUCUAUGGUUUCAGAUUUGUGGAGCUGAUCAUUCCAACCUUCCUCUUUGCAGGUUUUCUGACAUGGUCUCCUCUGCUCAGAACCGCCAGACUUUCAUUCAGUCUGCCAUCUCCUUCCUGCGCAAGUACGGCUUUGAUGGGUUGGAUAUUGACUGGGAGUACCCUGGCAACAGAGGCAGCCCCGCUGAUACCCAACAACUUUUCACAGUCUUGCUCAAGGUUGGCUUCGACAAUGUGCUCUCUCUGUAUCUAGGUGACUAAUAUAGCAAUGAAGGGAGGUUUGUUCUGGAAUUUUACCCAGUGCUAUUUGUCUAGGCAACGCAAUCACUAAAACAGAUAUAAUAACACCUCCAUGUCUUUAGGGUAGGAUACAUUUUUUCUCAUUCUUUCCUGGGCUGGAUCUAGACACAUCAAAAAAGUGUUUCAGGAAAAUGAGUUGUGAACUUUAUUAUGGGAAAUAUAAUGUAGCUGAGUACCCUGUUCGUGUUCCAAUAAUCUGCAUCUCAGAAAUAUUAACAGCAUUUGUGAUGCUCAUAGUUUGAGGCAAAUGGUGGGUAGAGAGCUUCAGAAGUCGAUAUAGAGGGAAGUGAGACUGUGAUUACAGUUUUUGAUUAAAUAACUGCAUGAGUGGAAUGACUUCUUCUUCUGCCCACUCCCCCCACCCUCUGUGCAUGCCCAACACCAUCCCCAUCUCUACUCAGGAAAGUUAGACGGGGGACCCAGAACAGAUCGGGGGGGGCAUGCAGAAAGCGGAGAAAGUUCCAUCAAGCAAGCGGAAGUCAUUCUGCUUAUGCAAGGAGCUACUUAGUGCUACGUUGAAUACAACCCAAUUUUCUUAGUUACCCUGUGCCUUACAUUCUGGAACAUCACUUCAUUAUGUCCGCAAAGCCAAGCAUUUUAAACAUUUUUUUAAAACCAUGACCCUGAGAUUAAGAGUCUCAUGCUCUACCAACCAGACAAUGAAGACUUUAAGAACUCAGAUAAGGGUGUGUGUGUGUUCUUAAAAGAGUAGCUUAGUGCUGGAGCUACAAAUUUUCUCUUAGGAGCAAAUGUCUGCACUGCUGCUCCCUUUAUCCCUCCUAGUGUGCUUACUCCAGAAGCAGGGGGGAGGUUGAAAAGGAUAAAAAUUAUUUCCCCCUUGACCACCAUUCCACUCAUCCAUACACACACAGGAGCAGGCACAGCAAGUCUGUAGUUUUUCCACCAUCCCAACCUACCUCCUGGGGCACUUGCCCCCUCUUGCCCCCUACCCUCGAUCCAGACCUGGAGUAGCUUGUGACAAUUCACUUCUUCCAAUAACAGGAAAUGUAUGAAGCUUUUGAACAGGAGGCUUCUCAAACCAACAAGCCCAGAUUGUUGAUCUCUGCAGCUGUGUCUGCUGGUGUGGGCACCAUUGAGACUGCUUACCAGAUCCCAGAGAUGUCUAAGUAAGUUGCAUGUGGAUAUCUUGGCUCAUUGUAAGCUAGCAUAGACAAUACGGACGUAGCUGGCCCAAUGGUUUCAUUUGGUAUAAGGCAGUUUCCUAUGUUCCUAAGAGGAGACAGGCGUACACAGUGGAAAGACACUGGCAUUGGGGUAGACUGGUCAUUAUGGCAAUUGCACCAUAGCUUAGGACUUCUGCUGCAGUGAUCACCCACUAUCGUAAAAGCUGAGAGCUUCUUGGGUUGGAGUGGGUGCUUCCUCACUUUGCCAAACACUAAUAAAAAAAAUCCAGAAUAUGAUGGCUGGUUUCCUGGUCACAUAUCAGGCAAGCAGUGUUUAUGUCUAUGGCUCAGCACUUCAGUGAAAUCUGAAAUAACAAGAGCAGCAAAGAUUAAACAGAGAGUACCUGCCUAUCUCCAUCUACUGUAUCUGCCUGUGAUCUUGCCUAUACUUGUCAGUUCAGGAAAGAGGAAAGAAUGUGACUUAUGUGGCAGAGGACAUGCACAAGCUAAAUUAUGUUUCAGCACGGAAUUCUUUACAUCCUUUAGCAUAGUCUGAAGUAGAUACAUAACAGUUUAUUAAUGUGUGCAUUGGAGCAUAUUACUGUGUUCACCAGUGACAAAAACAAACAUUAUCAGUAAUGCUGAAGUGAUUGAUGAAAGUCUCUGUGUGGAUCUUGUGUGUAUUGCAUCUAUACCCUGCAAAUCUCACAAAUCUUGAGAGGCUGCCCCAUGCUCAGUGAUUGGGAACUUGGCAAUAUCUACAUUGUAUUAAUAUUAACAAUUAAACUCUAUUGCAGAAGCAAGACACUUUGCCUUCUUACUUAUCAAUGAUUUGAAUCAUGAGACCAAACGAGAUAGGGACCUGAGAAUCACCAGAGAUGGCUGAGGAUAUCAUAUAAUAAUGCCUCCGGGCUAGAAUCCUAACCAACUGAAAUCUGAUACAUUUUCGGGGUGAGGGGUACAAGACGACAGCAUCAAUGCAUGCCAAAUGGCCAGUUUUAAAUUUGCAUAAAUUUAAAUGAAUUGUAAUGUUGAAUACACUGAAACUGAUAUAUAGAAAUGUGCAACAGCCAUGAUUCUUCCCUUUUCUCUGAUAGAAGUGGCAGUGAUUAGUUAGCAGAGUAAACACAUAUGAGGAAAGGGUCCAAAGUUUUCCUUAGAGGAAAAUAAAUUUCUGGACUGACAUAUUUGCCUAUUUGCUUCCCUCACGUCCCUCCAAGGUACAUGGAUCUGAUCAAUGUAAUGACUUAUGACCUCAGAGGAUCCUGGGAAGGUUUCACUGGUGAGAACAGCCCUCUGUACGCAGGCCCUGAAGACCAAGGCUCCUAUAUUUACUUCAAUGUGGUAAGUGACUGAACAGAAAUGAAGGGUUUCCUUUAUCAUCAAUCAUAUCCUACAUAUUCAGCUGCUGAAUAUGUAGUUCAGAAUUGUCCCAUGAUUUGCCUUCUGAUUGCCUCCUCAAUGUUCUUUCCACCAGGACUAUGCUAUGAACUACUGGAAGAAGAAUGGUGCACCAGCUGAGAAGCUGAUGGUGGGAUUUGGAGCCUAUGCUCGCACCUUCACCCUGAGCAACCCUUCUAACCAUGGCCUGGAUGCACCAACCUCUGGGCCAGGAAGAGGUGGGGCCUACACCCAAGCAGCUGGGACGCUGGCCUAUUUUGAGGUAAAACUCUGGCACAGUUCUUGCAGCGAUCCUGAACAUUUGUUAGUUAUCAUGAUGUCCUGCAUUUUCUUUUCUUUUUUUAAUUAUAGCUUUUUAUGUACUACUGAUGCAGUUUUGCAUCUGGACAUUGCACUUGUGAGCCAAUAUAGUUAUCCAGUUUAUUUCUGUAUAGUUUCAUGUUCCUGUUUUUGAAUGGGUGUUUAUUUGUUGCUUUCUGUGCCAAGGAGCAUAAUGGCCAAUUCUCGCAUUCAGAAAGUGUGCUGUUUUUAAGCCAGCAUCUGCUAUCCUGGUGCCCUCCAGAUGUUUUUGACUAAAACGCCCAUCAGCCUGCUUUAAACUAUGGCAAUGUGCAAGCCACUCUUUGCACUGUUGGAGCUGACGUGGUUGGAAGGAAUGAAAUUUUGUGCAUCUGCCUUCUUUCCCUAAUAAAAUUCUAAGGCCAACUAUGAUUUCCACAUUUCUCUUCCCCUCACAGCUAACAUACACUCAUAUGAUUUCGGGAAAUGGGUGUAAAUAACCCAAUAUAGUUUAGCUAGCCUUGGGUAACUAGAUCAAACAUUUUCAUUGGCUUAAUCCAAGAUAUUGUCUCCGCAGGUCUGUACCUUCUUGAAGGAGGGUGCCACUGUUGUGUGGAAUGCUCCCCAGGAAGUCCCUUAUGCCUAUAAAGGAAAUCAGUGGAUUGGCUAUGAUAACCCUAAGAGUUUUGGUAUCAAGGUAAGCCUGUUUAUUGUCUCCAUAUUCUGCCCUUAUUCAGCACUCUUCUAAAAUGGCCAGAGGCUCCUCAUGGAAGGCAUCUUGCCUUUCUUCUCCCACCUUCCCCAUUCCUGUGGAGCGUGAUGCCAUCAAGCUUUCUUUGAAGAAACUGCAGGUUUAGACUGUGUUGAGUCUGAAAGGUCAGAGGAGAAGGAUUUCUAGGGAGCUCAGGAGGAACAAGCUCCCCCCACCCUCCCUUUUAGAAGCCUAAUGGGGGAGUGGUAUCCAUUAUGUUCCACCUGUAUAUUUAUGCUCUGCCUGUAUAUUUGUAUAGAAUAUGAAAAUAUUACACAUCUUAAGUCUCCCAUGACCAUAUAGAAAGAAAACUGCACCCAAGUACACACACCCAGGAAAACUGGGGAUAGUGGAACAAUUAUGUAUUAUUUCCCCCCUAAAUAAAAACUUGAUUAACUGAGUUUCAUGCCUCUAACAGUGCAAAUCCAAGUCUGCGUGUGUGUAUAUAUAUAUAUAUAUAUAUAUAUAUAUAUAUAUAUAAACUCAAUAUAGUUCAGCUGGAUUUUUUUCUCCAAAUAUGGUUAGGAUUUCAGACUAUCUGUUUAGGAUUUAUGUAAUUCCUUAACCUAUUUCCUGUAACUGCAGCUUAAAAAGUUACAGACCACAACUCUGGAGUGUAGAGUCAAGCCGUUUAUGCUCUCUCUCUAUCUUAGCAACUCAAGGGAAAGAUAGCUCUGGUUCUCAUUUAUUAGAUAAUGCUUAACCGUCUAACUCACAGGCUAAGUGGCUGUUGGAGAACAACUUCGGAGGAGCCAUGGUCUGGGCUAUUGACUUGGAUGACUUCACUGGCACAUUCUGCGGGGAAGGCAAAUACCCCCUGAUGAAUGCCUUGAAAUCUGGAUUGGGAGUCACCACACCAAGUGAGUAGCAUACUCCUGUUGGCAGGAUAGAACAAAGUGCCUGGCAUGCCCAGAAACCUUCAUUUUGUCUGUAUGUGAAAUAGUGCUACUGACUCCUAUUGUGUGUUCAUCUCUGUCCUCUUUGGCUCAUUUCUUUUGAGGCAGUAUGGCUGGUCCAGUACUGAAAAAGCCACUGGGUGUGAUGAUAAUUAUCUGGAUUUCAGUAGAUGGGAGGCGGAAUUUAACCCUUUCCUUUUCUGCUAUGGUCCUUAGGAAAAUCCCGCCUCUGAAGUCCUUACUUACUUUGGACGCCUUCCUCUCAAUGCAAAUAUUAGCUGAAUUUUCAGAAUGGAGGGAAAGGUUACAUUUCCCCCGCUACAUGGGCUGCAGCCCCAGUCAUUAUCCUGCAUACAUUCUCUGCCGGUUAUAUUUUUGCAAAGAUACGGUUAACGUCAUGUCUAGUCUGGCCAGGGCUUCUUUUGCCACGCUCUGUUAAAUUUAAAAUUCUCCUUGAAUGAGGUUUGUGUUUAUGAGACUUUUGUUCCUCACUCCUAGUGCAGGCAAUAUUGAAAGAUAUUCCCAAAAGUCUGCCUCAGUUUAAGGCAGCCUUCUGUGUUCCUAAAGUUCUAAUGCCAUUCUCAUCUUCCUUUCAGACUGUAAGGUGCCUGCAACAACCCUUGGCACUAAUGCUAAUCAGCCUGCCCAGGCUACAACAGCAGCCCCAUCUGGUGGUGGAAGCUCUGGUGGAAGUGGAAGUGGAAGCUCUGGUGGCAGCGGGGGCAACUUCUGCAAUGGAAAAGCCAGUGGCCUCUACCCAGAUCCCACUGACAAGAAUAGCUUCUACCAUUGCGUGAAUGGGAAGACCUACCAACAAUAUUGCCAGAGUGGCCUUGUAUUUGAUGCCAGCUGCUCCUGCUGCAACUGGGCAUGAAGAGAACAGCCUCAGAGUAGUACAUAUACCUUCCACUGCAGUCAACAGCAAGGAAAGAAUUCAGCAUGAUAAAUAAAGAUGCAUUGCAUUCAGAUCAUA